AUGCCUAAUUCUCGAAAACUUACAAAUCUGGAGGAAUCAACAAUUGUCAGAUACAUCCUUGACCUAGACUCGAGAUCUUUUCCUCCCCGGCUUAGUGGUGUGCAAGAUAUGGCGAAUCGCCUGCUCGCCGAUCGCGACGCGCCUCCUGUGGGAGUCAACUGGGCUUCAAACUUUGUCAAGCGCCAACCACAGCUGUCUACGCGUUUUACGCGUCGAUAUGACUAUCAGAGGGCCUUAUGCGAAGAUCCAAAGAUAAUUAAACCUUGGUUUAAGCUUGUACGCAACACAGUUGCGAAAUACGGCAUACAAGACGAGGAUUUUCACAACUUUGACGAGACUGGCUUUAUGAUGGGCGUAAUCUCAACCACAAUGGUAGUUACAAGCUCAGAUAGACGUGGCAAGCCAAGUUUAGCUCAACCAGGUGACAGAAAAUGGGUUGCAGUACUCCAAUCUAUUAAUUCCCGAGGCGAAGCUAUCCCGCCAUUUAUUAUAGCUGCGGGGCAAUAUCACCUUGGAAACUGGUAUGAAGAUAGCGCGCUACCAAAGGAUUGGGUUAUCUCUACAACUCAUAACGGCUGGACUACAAAUGAGAAAGCCGUAGAUUGGAUCCGGCACUUUGAAAAGCAUACUAAACCUAAAAGUCGUGGCGCAUAUCGACUUCUUAUCCUAGAUGGACACGAAAGUCACCACUCAACCGAAUUCGAAGUCUUCUGCAAAGACCAUAAGAUUAUCACGCUUUGUAUGCCAUCUCAUUCAUCCCACAUUCUUCAGCCAUUAGAUGUUGGCUGUUUUGGGCCGCUAAAGAAGGCAUAUGGCAAAGAAAUUGAAGGACUUAUGAGGGCGCACGUCACACACAUCACACAAGCUGACUUCUUUCCCGCGUUUUGCACCGCCUUUAAAGCCGCAAUGACCAAAACAAAUAUCCAAGGAGCUUUUAGAGGCGCAGGACUUGUUCCAUUCGAUCCAAAUAGUGUCUUAUCGCGUCUGGAUGUAAGGCUGCGGACUCCAACACCAGUUGAAGAGGCACCUGAGCUACCAAAUCCGUGGGUUCCAAAGACCCCAAACAAUCCAACCGAGGCAACUUCACAGACUGACUAUAUUAAAAGACGAAUUAGUCGCCAUCAGGGAAGCUCGCCGACGUCAAUUUUAACUGCUGUGGAUCAGAUUACAAAGGGAACAUGCGGAAUUAUGCAUCAGGUCGCGCUCUUAAAGGCUGAGGUCAACCAACUUCGGGAAGCAAAUGCACUACUAAGCAAGCGGCAUAGAGCUAAAAAAACACGAUUGCGCCAAGGCGGCAGUAUGACUAUCUCCGAGGGACAAGCUCUUCAGGAUCAGAAUGAUGUGGAAGAGCAGAUACAGCAAGAAGAUCGCAAAACUAGAGGUCGGAAGCCUCGGGAUGAGACGAAGGGACGGCGAUGUGGUGUGUGCGGCAACACUGGCCAUAAUGCGCGAACUUGUCAGAUUGAUUUGGAAACAUCUAAUGAAGAGGAUAGCAGUGAGGAUUAA